AUGGGCUGGCCAGUCUGUAAUUCAACUACUGAGACACUGAAUAUCGAUGAGGUUGCACUUUGGGAUGGCGGCAUUACAUUUCACUCCUUGGCACUCCUGGUGGGCGGCGCUUGCGCUAUCAUCGCCUGUAUCGUGUCGCUAGUCUUAAUCAUGUUACAUGCGACACAUUACAGCAAGCCGAUCGAGCAGCGACAUAUCAUUCGCAUUCUCUUCAUGGUACCCGUUUACUCGCUCGUCGCAUGGCUCAGCAUCUUCUUCUACCACGACUCUGUCUACUUCGAGGUAAUCGGCGAUUGCUACGAAGCUUUCUGUAUCUCCGCAUUCUUCUCGCUCAUGUGCCACUACAUCGCCCCGGACCUACACAGCCAAAAAGACUACUUCCGCGGAAUUCAACCAAAACAAUGGCUCUGGCCAUUGAAUUGGAUGCAGAAAUGCUGUGCGGGGCAUCUUUGGCGGACCCCGCGCAGUGGGUUGACAUGGUUUAAUAUCGUCUGGGUUGGAGUCUUCCAAUACUGUUUUAUGCGCGUUCUUAUGACCAUCGUCGCCGUCGUCACUCAGGCCUUUGGAGUAUACUGCGAGGAGUCCCUCAAUCCCGCUUUUGCGCAUAUCUGGACUCUCGUUUUUGAGUCGCUCUCCGUCACUAUCGCCAUGUACUGCCUGAUCCAGUUUUACCAUCAGACCAGCAAAGAUAUCAAGCAACAUUCGCCAUUCUUGAAAAUCCUGUCCAUUAAGCUCGUCAUUUUCCUUUCAUUCUGGCAGUCGGCAAGUGUCUUCACCCUCAUCAACCUUUUGGUCUCCGAAGGCGCUAUCGCAGCUACAGAGAAAGUUUCCCUUGUGGACCUCAAAACCGGUCUCCCAGAGCUGAUGAUCAAUGUUGAAAUGGCAAUUUUCGGCAUUCUUCAUCUCUGGGCUUUUUCAUGGAAACCCUACAUCUUAGCUAAUCAGUCCACCGAAGUGACUGACUUCUUCGGCAACGGCAAGCGUGCAUAUGAAGGCGGAAACUAUGGUUUGAGGGCUUUGGUUGAUGCCAUGAAUCCGCUGGACCUCUUUAAAGCCAUUGGACGGAGUGCUCGCUGGCUGUUCGUAGGCCGUAAGCACCGACAGCUUGAUCCCAGCUACCGGCCGCAAGUUGAGACAAUCGGUCUGCAGCCUUCUCAAGAAGGCAGCGAGCUCACUGAACAUGGCACGGCUUACCAUGGCGCCGGAGUCACAAUGUCUGCAGGUCGGACGGGUCGCGAUACGCCGGAUGAGGACGCGGUUCUUCUGGCCCAUGGGCAACCGAACCCCGUUACGCCUAUGGGCAGUUCGCCUUAUGCAUCCGACUUUGACGACCAUGUGCAUGACCCAAACACCCGCUUUUACGGGCAAGGCACCUCGCCCUAUGAUGAUCCUCCGAUUUUCAGUCAUAAUAACCCGUACCCGGAGCCGUUAGUCAUCCCAUACCCAUCGGAUGGCCCUCUCCGAGAGCAGGCCCCCAUGCCCAUGCCUGAUCCCUCUCACCCGCCGCCUCCGUACCCCACCAGCUACCACACAUGA